AUGUCUUUUUCCGCCCCUGCCCACCCUCCCGGUCUUCGGACAGGGGCCAGCCGGAAGUCAGGCCACCGAAAGUGGGCUGCCGCCAUCACCGGAGCAUCGCCGCGCGUCAGGCUGCGGACCAACUACAGAGAGGUUCUCAUGGUUGAGUUUGGAGAAGAAGAACCAAAACUUGCACAAGACUCAAGCGGAGAAAGACGGGCCGCGGACUUGACGCUUGACGCAUCCAGACCAAGUCUUUCCGAUAUAGGGUCAGAUAUGGACAACUUGUCCCUAUCCACAGGCGGGGAAUGGGGUUGUGGACAGCCAAUCUCCAUUAUGUAA